AUGUUUAUAAGCCACCUAAGGCCAAAGAGGAAUGCUGCACCGGAACUCUGUGAAACCCUACCUUUGCCGGUUUGUGAUUCAGCACAGCAGGAGAAGCUGUCCAUUGAAGCCAUCUUCACCGGAUACUCAGUGGAAGUGGUCGAUCCUGAGUCCAUUAAAAAACUAUGCCUAAAUGGAGGCUUUGGCCAAGGGUUGUAUGCCAGAGCGUUUCCAGCGUGUGUCACGAACCCAUCGGAAACAGUUCGUAAAAGCAAACGGACCAUAGGUUCACUCGCCGGGCAGCACGAUCCAGCACGUGACAACAGCAACAACUGUGAGCCAUUGAGCCUGUUUUUGGAGGAAGCAUUCUUUUUGAUGCACAAACUGAAUAUAUUGAAGUUAAGGACGAUAUACGGCAAACCGCUGAGUGUAGCAGAGGCAUUUGAAAGAUUCCGGCAAGUGAAAAAGGACUUUGUGGCCGGUUACUGUGGCUACUUGUACCUGAAAGCUAAGAACUGGGUCGUUAAAAGUGGAAUAAAGUUUGGCGGUGAUUUCGUAAUUUAUGUAAAAGGGCCUCAGUUCUACCACGCGUCGUAUAUCGUGCUGAUCCGGGAAAUGUUACAUGGCAAACUACACAGCAACGCGUACACCGUAGAUGGGUUAGAUUUCCAAGGAUUCAACCGGGUAGCGGAGACGACGGCAAAGGACAUACUGUUUCUGGAAGUGCAUUAUCCAGACUCGGAUCUCCCAAGCUUGGAGCGGCUUCAGGACGUACGGGUCGGAGAAACGUUUACAAAGCACCACAACUACAUUGCUGGCCGAAAUCAGCAAUAAUAAUAAUAAUACAAUAAUCAAUCAGACUCUCAUAUGUCUGAUCGAUAUUCGAUUUUAUAUGA